AUGUCAACUGCUAGACCAAACGAACACCUGACAAUUGGCUAUCCCCCUCAGACUGCCGCCGGUCAGAAUCGUUCCACCUCGCCCACGGCGAGUUCAUCUCCUCUAGAUCCCUCUUCCGGAGGCAUUGCCAGAUCCCCUUUCGGUCUACCACCGGGCCUUAAUCCUCCUAACAAGAUGUCCGGUGCCUCUCGUUCCGGUGCUGGCUCUCCGUCGCACGACAUGGGUGCUUCCAGCAGGCUCUUCUCGAAAAGGGCCAGAGAAAUCCAAGCCCAGGAAGGCGUUCCAGGCAUCCCUGUGAACCCUUGGGGCGGACCGCCGACUAGCGGGAACUCGACGCCCCUCCGUGAGAACAUCCCAGAGUCGCCGACCGAUGGCUUUCCCGACUUUGCCCAAUUACCUUCAACCGACAGUUUGCCACAUACUCGCCGUGCCCGUGCCGGCACAGUGCCGUCCAGAUUCUCCCCGGGCGGCGCUGCCAAUGGAUUGCUCAGCAUUCCGACCCUGGCCUCCAAGACCUCCAGACCCUCCCCAUCCCACACCCCAUUCAAGUCUCCUUCGCCUGGGCUUGAGCCAUCCGAUAAUAUUUCCGGCUCCUCGACUCUGCUCUCAAGGUUGCGAGCUGGUUCAAUGCCUCAGCGGAGCCCCUUUGGCCACACCCCCACCUCCAACUCGCCGUUCGGCCCCUCCAUCUUCAGCAGCUGGAACCCAACCGGUCGCGAACGAGGAUCCACCUUGGCCAGCAUCGCCAGCAUCGGCUCUAAUGGCCCCAGUUCACCUACCCAGUCCCAUUUCUCGCGGGAGGGAACUGGAGAAAACGAUGUCCACAUGCGGACACUCGACUAUCUGGGUCUAGCGGAGACGCCGCAACCCCCGAGAGCCCAGCUAGCCACCCCUUACAUCCCGAACUAUGCCGACUUUACAAAGGCAGCAAACCGGUUCCGGUCUUAUUCUGUGAAUAACAAGGAUAAAUACGCAGAUGAGGAGGAAGCCGAGUAUAACGAGCACGGUAUCUCUAUGAUGGAGAACCAAUAUGCGCACCUCCAGGAUCAACUCGCAGCGACAAACGCUGCUAUCCACAACCACAACCUCGCCGUUCAUGCACUGGCAAGUCAAGCUGCCGUAAACCGGCCACGAGCGCGGACUGCUGGCGUGUUGGACACACCCCCGUCGCGCGUCCUCCGAAGCUACUACCCAACGCCUUCGAGGCUCGACAGUUCCAUCACGGCCGCCGAGAUUCGACUGCCCGACGAGAAGGAAUAUGAGGAGCUCCCACAAGCCGUGGCCGCCAUGUCCCUCGGCAGGUCAAACAGUCGCAACAACGGCUUGCUCGGCGUGGAGGAGCAAGGACUGGAAGGACCGACCAGCGCCCUGUGGCUCGGAAGCAUCCCGACAUCAACCACGACGUCGACCCUGACGGAGAUGUUCAAAUCUUAUGGCCCGAUCCUCUCUGCCAGGGUACUCACCCACAAAAACUGUGGCUUCGUUAACUUUGAGAGGCUUGACAGUGCCAUGUCGGCCAAGGCAAGCAUGAAUGGCAAGGAAAUCUUUCCAGGCGCGGGUCCCAUUCGUAUCAAUUUCGCAAAACCUCCUUCUGCAUCGAACACUCCAGGACACGACGGAGCAUUCCCCUCGCCGAGUCCCGAUCCGUUCUCCAAGGGCUAUGAUGGCGCGAAGCCUAGUGCGACUGGAGCUGGCGGCAUUGGCGAGGGCGCAUCGACGUUGGUCGGGACCAGCUCCACGCCAACUGUCCCCCCACUGCAUGAGAUGACGGCGGAUAUAAUGGAAAUCGUCAAGCAAUUUGGAGCCACGGAUGAGGAAAGAUAUCGGAUUUCCAUGACUCUCCAGAAGGCAAUUCAGUAUAAUGGCUUUGCCGACGAGAUCCCACCUAUUAAGGAGCCUGCCCAUACCAGGAUCUACGAUGCCCCUAAGCUGCGCGACAUUCGCAAGCGGAUCGACAACCAGACCUUGUCUCAGGCGGAGAUCGAGAACAUUGCCGUUGACAUGCUCCCGGAGAUUGCCGAGCUCGCGUCGGACUAUCUUGGGAACACGGUGGUACAGAAGCUCUUUGAGCACUGCUCCGACGAUCUUCGAGACUCCAUGCUUGAGGAGAUUGCGCCACACAUGGCAGAGAUUGGCGUGCACAAGAAUGGUACCUGGGCUGCACAGAAGAUCAUUGACGUUUGCAAGACUCCGCAUCAGAUGACACUGAUCGUGGAUCACCUGCGGCCAUAUGCCGUCCCCCUAUACCUCGACCAAUACGGCAACUAUGUCUUGCAGGGCUGCCUGAAGUUUGGGUCACCCUACAAUGACUUCAUCUUUGAGUCUAUGCUGAGCAAGAUGUGGGAGGUCGCACAGGGCCGCUAUGGUGCUCGUGCCAUGCGAGCAUGCCUCGAGAGCCACCAUGCCACCAAGGACCAACAGCGGAUCCUGGCCGCGGCAAUUGCCCUGCACAGCGUGCAACUUGCCACCAACGCGAACGGGGCGCUGCUCCUCACCUGGUUCCUCGACACUUGCACUUUCCCGCACCGCCGGACUGUGCUGUCGCCUCAGCUGGUGCCAUACCUCGUCCACUUGUGCACUCACAAGGUCGCCUACCUUACGGUGUUGAAGGUCAUCAACCAGAAGGCGGAGGGUGAUGCGAGGGACAACGUGCUCAGGGCACUCUUCUUCACCCAGAACGACCACAUCUUGGAGGCCAUUCUCAGUGACCACGCCUGCGGCGCCACCUUGAUCUUCAAGGUGCUGACGACCCCUUUCUUCGAUGAGGCUAUUCGAGGCCAGGUCAUCGAGACGGUAAAGAAUGUGUUGCUUCGGAUCAAGGCCCAACCUGGACAGGGGUAUAAGCGGCUGAUGGACGAGGUUGGCCUUUCAACUCGGAGUGGUGGUGGUGGUGGCGGCGGCGGCGGUAGCUCGCGAGAGCAUGGAAGCAACCCGAACGAGCGACAACGUCCGACGUCACGGCAAGCCAACUUGAACCCUCAACAACAUCAGCAGCAGCAGCAGCAGCAAGCUGUUCAAGUGCAACAGCAGCAGCAGCAUCAAGCCGCCCAGUUCCCUUCCAACGGCAGCCAGUUCUAUAACCCCCUCAAUCCGGCCGUCAACGUGUCAAAUUUCGAGAUGGGCUUUGGCAUCCCGCGAAGCGAGAGCGUUGAACCUCAGCUGCCGCAACAGUUCCCAGGCUUCGGACCCCAAGGGCCUCUGUUUAAUGCCUCGAGCUCCCCUCUCCCGCCCGCUACCAUUCAACAAAUGCAGUUCCAGCAGAGCAUGAUGUCCCGCGCCACACCUCCGAUAAGCAACUACUUCCCCGCAAUGCAGGCGGGUUAUGGUGGCUUCAACAGCCCAAGCCAGCCGGUCGAGCAUUAUCGGAGCCAGAACCUCGCAAAUGGCAGUCCGAUCCAGCCGCCCGGCGCGCACAUCCCCAACAUGCCGGCUGGGCAGGCUCCCUACGGAGCUCCCAAUUUCGGAAUGGGCAUGGGCAUUGGAGGCUUUGGAUAUGGGGGCAUGGGUGGAAUGCAGAACGUGCCAUACAUGCAGGAGCAGGUCAACACCAGACGAGGACGUGUAGGUCGCAGCCCGCAGCCCGAGAGACAAAUGCGCUAG